CCUUUGGCGGCGCCAGUUGCUGUGCCGCAUGCUCCUCUGAACCCCCGGUCACGUUGCCGUCGUAAUGAAUUAGCCACUCGCCGUGUUGUUUUUCUUGAAUGAGUUCAAUAUAUGACGAUGGACUUCCAGAGUGCUAUGGAGACUUUCGCUGAAGCAUGGGUCGCCGCCAACACCAAAGGUGCUCCUCUUUCCGACGUCUCCACGCAGAGUCAGGCCCUAGCGCUAACUCGUAACUGUAAAACGCCGCCCCCGACACCAACGACUGCCGCCACUGAGAGGUCAAGCCGAGAAUCCGCCGAAAGGGUCCUAACUCCUGCUCCGGCUCGAUCUUCGACCCCGCUAGAGAAUACCGUCUCCCCCCAGUCGGUGAAAGAAGAGUUUGACCCCUCCAAGUCCUCACCUUCCGCCAAAUCGCUACCAGUGCACUGCAUCGUAGAAGCAAUCCACACCCUAGAUGAGAACCGCCCGAUGCAACAUGGCGUCUGGCGGCGUAGACCCAUGAUCGAAAUCGACACCUACGUCAUCAUUCCGGUGGCCACCCCCUUCCACAACCUAGUCCAUGCUGCGCUGUUGCGGCUCGGUUACUCAGCCGAGAGCGCAGCGGCAGCAAAGGGGUCGGUCCUGAUAAAGAACUGGAAGGCGCUCACAUUCGAUCAAAUAUCGGACGAUCCCCUUAUUACCGUGGGGGAUAUUUUGGGAGAACUAUCGACGGUGGCCACGCUGAGGAUACAGGUCUUCAGGGGAAGGCCUGGCACCAUGGCCGACAUCAAGGACAAGCUGUUAAGGUUUCUCCUUCUCCAGUCGCACGGGUUGCUGAUCUCGUCCGGGUGCCCUUUGGACGAGAUCCUCAUAUCGCAGUUAUGUCGGAACAAUUCUUCGUCCUCGGGCCCGCUGCCGGAAAUAUCCGAAGAGAUCCGUCGCAAGUUCGACCAGUGGUGGACAACACAGUUCAGCCCUCAAUCGCCAGUGGGUAGAUCCCAGUUCGUCCCGUCGUAUCCUAACCAGUACUCAGUACCUUCCCAACCUCCCGCACCAAUAGAACGCACAAUAACUGACGCACACCCAGCCAUGCAAACGGUUCACAGCCAAUUUCCUACUCAGAAAACAAGGAUGAGGACCAGUUUCGAUCCCGAGCUGGAGCUCCCCAAACUGCAAAGAUGGUUCACCGAGAAUCAACACCCCAGCAGACAACAGAUCCAACAGUACGUGAAGGAACUGAACAGUCUCGAAUCGAGGAGAGGGAGGAAACCUCUCGACAUAAACAACGUGGUUUAUUGGUUCAAAAACGCCAGGGCCGCACAAAAAAGAGCCGAAAUCAGAAACGUAACUACUUCCAACUUGCAAUGCCACCUUUCUGUGAACGGAUACAGCAACCACAGUCCUACUAACGGCGGCGGUUUUCUGCUGGCCGACAACUACUUGAAUUCUGACAGACUAGUAGACCACCGCUUGAAAAACAACCUAUCCCGAAGGGGUCCUCAGAAUUCCCAUACCUCUGACGAGUUUUCCAACACCGGAUCUGACUUGGAAGACGAGGAAAUGCCCGAAGGGCAACCGCCUAGCCCGACAGCUCCGCUUUCGUUGACAACGAGGAAAGACUCGAGAGACGGGAGCCCAAGAUCCUCCACGCCACCCCCUCCACCAGACAUACAAAUUGAGAGCUGCAAGGAAGAGCCCAAAGACGAAUCGACCAACUACAACACCGAUCACUUGAACAACAGUAAGCUAGCUCUGUCCGACACCGAGGAUGACGCGGAAGGGGAGGGUGACAGCAAGGUUCAUUUUGAAGGUGGAGGGGUGACGUCCCCUGCCAACCGCUCCCUCGUGCAACGCUUUUGCAACUCGCCCGAUAUGGACAGUCAGCUGAUCCCAAGAAACCCAGAGGGCUUGGACAGGCUGGCGGCUGGGUUCCCUCUUGUUCCUAACUCCAUGUUCAGUCACAGUAUUAUGUAUAUGAGUCACUACAUUCCAGGUUUAUCUCACUCGGCUACGUCUCCUCCCAGUUCCACUGCUCUCGCCAUGUCUAGUCUGACGGCCGAUGAACGAAGAAAGCGCAACCGUACCUUUAUAGAUCCCGUAACCGAAGUACCUAGGCUGGAGCAGUGGUUCUCCCUCAAUACUCACCCAUCCCACAAUUUGAUCCUGAAAUACACUGAGGAGCUGAACUGCAUGGCUUACCGUCAGAAAUUCCCGAGGUUGGAACCGAAAAACGUGCAGUUCUGGUUCAAGAACAGACGGGCAAAAUGUAAGAGACUCAAAAUGUCUUUGUUCGAUAACCAGACCGGCCAGUAUCAUCACUCCGAACGGGAGAGCUUGUAAUAAUGAUUCGGCCGGUAGCUUGUCGCAGUCAUAACUUAGGGAGUUGGAAAGAUGUAAAUUUAAUUAGUGUUAAGACAAUAAGCAAAGUAGUGUUACUCUUUUGUGCCAAUGCAAUCUUGUCGUAUCAUGUUGAGAGAUUUUUUAAAACGCCAGGCACCUAUCCUCGUCUUAAAACGAGGUGUUGGAGGUUCGAGGUUACUUGAUCAACGUAGAAUAGAAAAAUAGCGUGUCGGUUAAAGUAAAGGAAUUUAUCACAACGUAUCACAAUAACAAUUAUCAUUCGAGGAUAAGUGUCUGGCUAAUCUAAUUCUUAAAAAACGCUGAAACGUUGUUUUUUAAUAUAAAACGUAUAAGCCACAGCAUUAUAUUGGUAGGCAACCCACAUUCCAUAAUAGUAAGAUGUGAAUAAUUCUGUCGCUACUAAGUGAACAGUAUCCGUUUCUAAAUAAUUUACGUGUUUAUAAUUGUACCAAAGAUUGUUGAAAACUAUGAUAACUGUAAAAUUUCCUUCAAUUAAUUUUCUGCAUCCAGUAUAUGCGAUAUACUAAAAAAAAAAACGUAUUAUUCUAUAUACUUAACUGUUGUGUCGUAGCCCGUUAAAGUGUUAUUGUGAGGCAGAUGUGUAAAAAUACUCCUGAUUUUUUUGUUACUUCCUAUGUUAUAUAUUUAUAAAUUAUGUAUGUAUGUAAAUAUACAAAUAAAAUUAUU